AUGAGAAAUGCUAGAGGCUCCAGUGAUUCACCUGACCUGAAAGUAUUCAGCUAUCAGACUAUUAAAUCGGCCACAAACAACUUUUCAUGGUACAACAAGCUCGGAGAGGGUGGAUAUGGACCAUUGUACAAGGGUAUACUUAAAACAGGACAGGAAAUAGCCGUAAAAAGACUUUCGAAAGCUUCAAGCCAAGGAUUCGAGGAGUUUAAGAAUGAAGUAAUGCUCACUGCAAGACUUCAACAUGUCAACUUGGUUAAGGUGAUUGGAUUUUGCGUGGAACGAGAGGAAAAGAUGCUCGUCUAUGAAUACCUUCCAAACAGAAGCUUGGAUUCCUACCUCUUUGAUCCAGUGAAACGUUUUCAAUUCAACUGGGAAAAGCGUGUUCAGAUCAUUGAAGGAAUAAUUCAAGGCCUUUUAUACCUGCAAGAAUAUUCGAGGGUGACUAUUAUUCAUCGCGAUAUAAACGCUAGUAACAUUUUACUUGACAAAGAUUUAAAUCCUAGAAAUCAGAUUUUGGGAUGGCUAGAAUAUUCCAAAAGGAUGGAUCUCAAGCAAACACAAGCAGGAUUGUAG